AAAAAAAAAAAAAAAAAAAAAAGGAUAAACUUAAACAACCGAGUGAUUACCCGACGUUUAGUUGUAAUAAUAAAUAAAUAAAAAAGACCAAGUUAUCCCCUGUCUUUUAUUUUUUUCCCUCUACAUUAGUUAACUUCAUUGCUUUUCUACUUGUUAGCAAUGAGUCUAACUCACAGAAGGGAAGAUGGAUUUGAUAAUGAAGAUUUGUCAAUAAUUUCUAAUAUAGACGAAGAAAAUGAAAGUUUAAAUCAUAACGAGAUAAUGCUGUCACAUUAUAGCACAAAUCAAUAUGACAAGUAUCAUCAAGAAUUUAGACCAUUAUUACUUGGGCGAAUAUCUACGAGAAAUGAUGAUAGCGAAGAAGUGGUUCAAUUAGCAUCACCACCGUUCAUUACCCGUCAUAAGCAAAGAGAAUAUCAACUAUUAAUCCCUACUUGUUUUUAUUUUAAAAGUAAUAAUGAUAGACAACCACGUUGUUUUAAAAAAGGAUCGACACAUUCCCCAAAGAACUGUUUCCCUAGUAAAAAAGUAUAUACUCUUACAUGCCUUAUAGUUUUAUUUUUACCUCUUGUUUCAUUUGUUAUUUUCUGUACUAUUUACUUUUCUCCUAUCUCUUUACCAGAACCAACAACAAUGACAGUUCUUUCAUCAUCAUCAUCAUCGUCGUCGUCUUCUCUUCCUUCUCCACAUUUAUUGACCUUUAAUCUAUUCAUGAGACCACCUGGGAUUAAGAACAAUGAGAAUGAUUACAAAACUGAACGACUAAAUUAUAUUAUACGGCAUGUUCUACCUUUAUAUGAUAUUAUUACUUUUCAAGAAGCAUUUGCUUAUGCUAAUAGACGUAUUGAUCAUUUAUUAAAAGCUGCUUAUGAACUUGGCUUUGUUUAUCAUGUAGCUUCUUCAAGACAUUAUCCUUGGGAUUUGGGAGGUGAUGGAGGAUUACUUUUAUUAUCAAGGUAUCCUAUUAUAAAAGCAAAUCAAAUUGAAUUUCCUCGAGGUAUUCAUUCAGAUUGGUUAUCUUACAAAGGGGCACUUCAUGCUUUAAUCAAAAUAAAUCCUACUCACUUAAUUCAUAUUUAUACUACACAUACACAAGCUUCCUAUGAUAACCAUGGUGAGCUCAAUAUGGAUGAUACUAAAGUUAGACUAAGUCAGUUUGCCCUCGUGCAUCAAUUUAUAGAAGAGACAUCUAAAGAGGAUACAUAUCCAAUCUUAUUAAUGGGUGAUCUUAAUGUAGAUGCAGCCAUUCAUGAUAAUAAAACUUCACUUGAUAUACCUUCCUAUGGUAGUUCAUUAGCCUAUACAAUGAUGAUGGAUGUUCUGAAGGGUAAAGGAACGAAUCUCAAGUUAAUGAAUGACGCUAUAAAUAAUACAACACCAUCAGCAACACAAACAAAUGCCGCCAUAAACGAAUCGACUAUAUACCGUACUUUAUGGCGCCUUGAUGAUUUGACAGAUAUGGCCUACAAGACCUUUGGAUACCAUCCUGUUACGUUCGGUGAUGUUAAACGAUUAGAAAAUGGAACAUUAAUACCGAACGAAGUUAUCUUGACUAGUCAUAAUCAAUUACUAACUGUCCAGAGUAUUGAUCGUAUCCUAUGGGCUACUCGUAAUGAUAAAAAUCAAAUAAAUAUGACAUUGGAUAAUAUUACUGUAGAACAUUUUUUUGUUGAUCAAAAAAAUGGAACAAGCUUACCUUUCACUCAGUUAUCAGAUCAUUAUGGACUAAGUGCUAGACUUUAUAUAACAAAAUAGACUGUAC